AUGAAGACCCUCUCGUCCGCUCUCGUCCUGGCGACUGCCACCGUUACCCUCGCUGCACCUAGCCCUAGGGCGCCCGUCCUAGAGCCACUGCAACUUAUCAAUCUCAAUGCAGGCAUCUAUUAUACAACCCCACCAACAACGUGCCUCCUCUCCUUUUCUCUCAAGGAUCCAAACACAAACACAGACACCAAAUGCUCUGGUUACUGGUCUAUUGGCAUGGCCGGAAAUAAGACCUACGACUGCUCCGAUAAGGCAUACCAGCUCCACCUCCCAAAUGGAAUCUAUGAUAUUGAAAAAAUCGAUCUGGGUGUCUCUCGCGCAGACGGCUCUCAGUCUGGGCGGGCAAUUGUGAGUGGUGACUUGUGGAAAUGUAAGAAGCAGGAAUAUCCCAUGGAACAGUGCAAGUGGGAUGGUAUUCUCAGUCUCGAUCUGACUUCAUCUACUUGA